AUGUGCUUCUGGACUCGGGCCUUGAUGGCCGGCCUCGCGGCUUCGGCUGCCGCCAAUACGGGCGAGGUCGAGAGCUUCGCACUGCUCACCAUUAACGUGACGGCGCAUCUUGUAGCCACCUCGAGCGGCAAGCAUCUCAGCCAAGAGGCCCUGGAAGGGCAGAUGGACAUCAUUAACCGCAGCUUCGCGCCGCAUAACAUCACCUUUGUCCUGGUCGAGACGGAGCGCGUCGUUGACCCCCUUUGGAGCAUUGACAUCGACGGAAUACGCAUGAUGUGGGACAACAACCGCGGCGAUGCCCGCACGCUCAACCUGUACUUUGUCGAGCGCUUUGACGCGAACUCGACACAGUUAGGCUUGCCGUACGCGCCGCAGCGGCUGCCCUUAGACCUCGGCGCGUACAGGGUCGACGGCGCCGUCAUUGCGUCGUACACGGUGCCCGGCGGGCUCGGCUGGAAGGCCGCCACGUGGGAAGGCAAGGCGGCGGUCCGGGUCAUUGGCCACUGGCUCGGACUGCUCGACCCGUCCAUCGGCGGCUGCGAGGGCAAGGGUGACCUGGUUGAUGAUACGCCGGCCGCAACGGGGAAUGCGUCGCUGGGCAUUUGCCCAAAGGGCCUGGAUUCGUGCCCGGACCAGCCUGGCCUCGAUCCCAUUCACAACUUUAUGAGCGCCACCACCGACUCCUGCAAGACCGAGUUCACGCCCGGCCAGGGCCGGCGCAUGCACCAGCUCUGGAACCGGUUCCGCGCACCGCACCGCGCCCCGACCAGACCCCUGCUGGCCCCCAUCGCGCCGCUCGAGGGAGAAGGCAAGCUGCCGUACUACUCGCGGCCCGUGAGCAUGAUGGCGGCGCUGGUGGAGUGCCUGCCGCACGAGGCCAACGUGACGCGCGAGGCGCGCGAGGCCUACUGCAGCACCUUCAUCUACUGCUACUUUGACACCUGGAGGGCCGCCGACACGGGCGAGAAGUACACGAGCAACAACACGUGGGUCGAGUGCGAGGACGCGCGCGUCGCGCCGCAGACCGACGAGGAGGCGGGCGUGGCGAACUCGGAGAGCAUGCCGGCGAGGGUCAGCGCGCGGCGCGUGGAGAGGCGGUGGUGGCCGCUUGCUGGUGAAGAAAUGUUCGACCUGUGGAUGUAUGGCGGAGAGGGUGCGAUUCCCUUUUAG